GCAUUCACGUCGCGCAGUCGCUUUCCGCAGACUGGUCCAAAUCUUCUUCUCCCACCAUCGUAGAUCCGCAAAUUUGAAUAUUUUUGUCGCGCAACUUGGAUCACGUCGACGAGAAACGGGACCACCUUCUGUCGAAGCGUUUUUAUAUUCAUCCGCUAGUUCUUCGUGUAAGAAAAUCCGGCGUGCAUCCGAAGAUCGCGAACGAUCUCGGACACGGUUCGUCGACGAGACGACGAAGGAAUUCGACGAGAAUUCUAUUUCGUGUUUUUCGAAAUAAUCGUGCAACACGGCGCUUGCUCACCGCGGGUGCAUCGGUAGCGUCGGCUACAAGUAGUUCGAGUUCUAGCCAAUUCGUCACGCGGACACCGGCGAAUGGAGGUUAGGUUAGGUUAACUUCUGCAAAUUCAGUGUUCAAUUUGCAGCUGUCGAAUAACGAUGGAGAAUCAGAAUGCACCACCUAUCAAAAGCAAUAAUCCCGCUCCUACAGUGGAGCAAAUUAACGCCGACAGGAUCACCCAGCUUGCAAAUAAAUACUGGGCGCCACAUACCACAAGUAAGCAUCUUCCAUUCGACCCCCAUGUGGUGGAUGACAUUUAUGUACAGGAGAUAUGUGCCUCCAAGUUCUCUGUCCGGAGAAUUAUGAUGUUGGAGUUUAGCCAGUACUUGGAAAACUUUCUCUGGCCGAAUUAUAAUGCGGAGGACGCCACGCGGGCGCACACCAUGUCCAUUGUAGUCAUGGUGAAUGAGAAGUUCAGGGAGCGAGUGCAGGUCUGGGAGGCAUUUGAAAAGAAUCCAACACAGUUUGCAGGAUUCUUUCAAAAGGUUCUCGAGGCAUGCCUAGAUGACUGUAUAAUGGACUUCAAUCUGAAGGAGCAGACGGCGUUGAUAGUAUUCUUGAAUCAUUGCUUCAACUCCAUGGAGGUGUCUUUGGUUCGAGAGGAAGCCAAGAGACUGGUGUCCCUGUCUAUGUGGAUCUCUCUGCAGCAAGGCAGGCGGGAGCUCGAAUUUCGAAAGUAUCCGAAAUGGAGGAAGUAUUGGAAAAUUAUAAGAAAGAAGGACGAUCCCGAGCGUAAGGAGAAACUCGAGUGGGAACGUAGAUUCUUGCACAAGCUCAUGAUAAAAUUUAUGAAAAUAUUGGAAACAGUUCCUGCAGAAGGAGUUGUACUUCCUGACAAAAUACGUUACUGCGAGAGAUUUCUAGAGCUGGUCAUUGACCUCGAGGCCUUACUUCCUACUAGACGUUUCUUCAAUACCGUCAUGGAUGACAAUCAUCUGGUGGUGCGUUGUCAGUUAUCUAAUUUACUGCAUCGUCCAGAGGGGAGUUUGUUUGGACAGCUCCUGGAAAUGCUCAAGUUCUACGCCCGAUUCGAGAUCAGCGAGGAGACCGGCAAUCCCUUAACAGAUCACGAUAUGACGGAGUUGCAUUACACUAAAAUUACGUCUCUUCAGAAUGCGGUUUUUGCGAAAUUCCCGGAUCUGAGAAGCUUCGCGUUGGCCAACGUAGCUAGUGUUGACGUCAGGGAUGCUCUGUAUAAACAUUUUGGCUCGCUCAGUCAAGAAAAAUUGAGAUCUAUUGCGAGUUACUUAAAUUUAGUACCGCCCAUGGAGCGAGAAAAGGACGAAAACUGGUAUCGCUUGGACAUAGACUUUUUGCGCGAAUUGCUGAUAUCGCGACACGAGCGUAGGCCGUCGCAGCUUGAAGAGUUAAAUGAGAUGCCCCUUUAUCCGACCGAAAACAUUAUCUGGAACGAGAGCAUCGUCCCGACCGAAUAUUUUUCUGGCGAGGGCUGUCUGGCUCUGCCAAAGUUGAAUCUGCAGUUUCUCACGUUACAUGAUUACUUGCUACGGAACUUCAAUCUAUUCCGCUUGGAAUCUACAUAUGAGAUACGACAAGACAUCGAGGAUGCCGUGAGCAGACUGAGUCCUUGGCGAGCGGAGGACGGCGGUGUCUACUUCGGCGGAUGGGCCAGAAUGGCUCAACCUAUCACGCAAUUCGCGGUGGUCGAAGUGGCUAAGCCUAACGUCGGCGAGAACAGGCCGUCGAGAGUCCGUGCCGACGUAACGAUAAAUCUUAGCGUGCGUAAGGAGAUAAAAUCCGAAUGGGAGAACCUUCGAAAACACGACGUGUGCUUUCUCAUCACAGUUAAGCCGCCGAAUCCUAUCGGCACAAAAUACAGUCACAAGCUCCCCUUCGUACCACAAGUGGGUUUAACGACAGUGCGAGGGUGCGAAGUUGAGGGUAUGCUCGAUUCGAACGGCAGAGUGAUAGAGGAUGGCCCUGAACCGAGGCCGAUUCUGCCGGGCGAUUCACGUACCUAUAGAGUGUGGCUGGACUGUAAUCAAUAUCGAAUCGAUAUGGACAACGCCAGCCACGGCGGCGAUGAUGUAUACGAAGGAUUUAAUAUUAUAAUGAGGCGUAAACCUAAAGAGAACAACUUCAAAGCUGUGUUAGAGACUAUAAGGGAGCUUAUGAAUACUGAAUGCGUCGUACCCGACUGGUUGCACGAUAUAAUCCUCGGAUACGGUGAUCCGGGUGCAGCCUGCUAUUCUAGAAUGCCAGAUGAAAUCGCGGUGAUAGAUUUCAACGAUACAUUCCUCGAUAUCGACCAUCUGCGAGCCAGUUUUCCUCAGUAUGAGAUCAAAACGAACCCGGAGGAUAAAGAUAACCUGGUGCGACCAUUCCAGCUAACUUUUGAGGAUGUUCUUGCGAAGCAUAACAAUGAGUCGUCCAAGAAAAUUAUUACAGUUAAACCACAUGUGCCGCCAAGUAGAGGACCAUACAGAGCGAACGAACCGAAAAAGAAUCAGAUUCCCUUCACGCCGACGCAGGUCGAAGCUAUACGAGCUGGAAUGCAGCCAGGUCUGACACUGGUCGUUGGCCCGCCCGGUACCGGCAAAACAGACGUCGCCGUGCAGAUCAUCUCGAAUUUGUAUCACAAUUUUCCUAAUCAAAGAACGCUGAUUGUGACGCAUUCUAAUCAAGCGCUCAAUCAACUAUUCGAGAAGAUAAUGGCCCUCGAUAUCGACGAACGGCAUCUGCUACGUCUCGGUCACGGAGAAGAGGCUCUAGAAACAGAAAAGGACUUCAGUCGUUACGGCAGAGUCAAUUACGUUCUCGCCAAGCGUUUGGAUUUGCUCCUUGAAGUUCAAAGAUUACAGGAAUCACUGAACGUAAAGGGCGACGUCGCGUACACAUGUGAAACGGCGGGUUACUUUUUCAUGUAUCAGGUGUCCACAAGAUGGGACCGCUUCCAAGCCAAAGUCAAGCAGAGGCAGCACACAAGUGAGAAGUCCGAGUUAUCCUCCAUAAUCGACGAAGAGUUUCCCUUCCACAAGUUCUUUGACAACGCUCCGCAGCCGCUUUUCAAGCGGAAUUCAUACGAAGAAGACCUCAAAAUUGCCUGCAGUUGCUUUAGGUACAUUGAAAGGAUAUUUGCACAGUUGGAGGAGUUUCGUGCUUUUGAAUUACUGCGAUCAGGUCUCGACAGAUCGAAAUACUUGCUCGUGAAAGAGGCCAAAGUGAUUGCUAUGACCUGUACGCACGCGGCGCUCAAACGUCGCGAACUUGUCGACAUGGGUUUCAAAUACGAUAAUAUUCUCAUGGAAGAAUCGGCACAGAUCCUGGAGAUAGAAACUUUCAUACCGUUACUGCUACAGAAUCCCCAGGAUGGAUAUAAUCGUCUAAAACGUUGGAUAAUGAUAGGAGACCAUCAUCAGCUGCCGCCGGUCAUCAAGAACAUGGCCUUCCAGAAAUACUCGAAUAUGGAGCAAUCGCUGUUCGCGAGAUUCGUGAGACUGGGCGUACCCACGGUCGAUCUCGAUGGCCAAGGUCGCGCCAGACCUAGCAUUUGCAAUCUUUACAAUUGGCGAUAUAAAAAACUGGGCAAUCUUGCGCAUGUGGAGCGCAGUCCAGAGUAUCUGAUCGCAAAUGCUGGCUUCCUGUACGAUUUCCAACUAGUGAACGUUGAGGAUUUCAACGGCGUCGGCGAGAGCGAGCCUAGCGCCUACUUCUAUCAGAAUCUCGCCGAAGCCGAAUACUGCGUCGCGGUGUUCAUGUACAUGCGUCUGUUGGGAUAUCCGGCAGACAAGAUCAGUAUUUUGACCACGUAUAACGGUCAGAAACAUCUGAUAAGAGAUGUGAUCAACAUCCGAUGCGCAACCAAUCCUCUGAUAGGCCGGCCAAAUAAAGUGACAACUGUCGAUAAGUAUCAGGGUCAGCAAAACGACUACAUUCUUCUGUCUCUGGUGAAGACGCGUGCAGUUGGUCAUCUGAGAGACGCGAGACGUCUAGUGGUGGCGAUGUCGCGUGCCCGCCUUGGUCUCUAUGUCUUCGCUCGUGUGUCUCUAUUUAAAAAUUGUUUCGAACUGACACCAGCGUUCGAUCAUUUAAUGCAGAGACCUUUAAAGCUGCAACUGUUACCACAGGAACUGUAUCCAACUGAACGACCGAACGACGCCAUACCCUCGACAGUUCCGAUGGAAAUCGAAGAUAUGCCGCACAUGGCUAAAUUUGUUUACGAUUAUUACAUGGAGAAGGUCAGCGGAAUGAAGGGAUCACAAAAGAUGUGGCAGAAGCCGGGAACUAUGCAGACAGUGGGCAGUCCAACGCAUAAGGUUUCCGCUCAUCCGGGUGCUGACGACGAUACCGACGAUGAAGAGGAGCUCGAUCAAGAGAACACUGAAAUGAAAGAAUCCAAAGAAGAAAUAGCGCAAGACAAAUAUGAGCCUAUAAAGAAUUUGAUCGAAGAUCCUCCAAGCGAGGCUGAGGACGACGGCUAAGUGAAUCACUCGGACGUAUGCGCAAGAGUAAUGCCAUUAGGAAAUGUAUUGGCAUGUUGGAAAUAGAAUAAUUAAUUUUGUAGUAUGGAAAUGGAAAACUAUUUGCUCCUUUUCUGAAACAUCAUUGUAUACAUCGCAAACGACAUUUAUUAACAAUCGAGCCAUCAAUACCGUUGUAUUUAGGAAGAAUAAGUAUUUUAUUAUAGACAUCGCUAUACAAUAAUUUAUAAUAUAGUCUUAUAUAUCGUAUUAAGAUAAAUUAUACUUUUUACAGA